AUGCCACCUUGGGGACUGGCAAAAAAGCCUGUCAAGUUGUUCCUUAAUUUCUCAUUUGGACAGUUUCUUUCUCAGCCUUUGGAAGAUGAUCAAAUUAUAAUAACUUCCAAUGGCAUUGGAUGUAAAGAUAUAUAUUUCAACAUUGAUAAACUAAAUGCAUUGUUAUCUGAAAGUGGAAUACCUGUGGUUUUCUGUGUUGCCUAUAUUGCUGAAGUUGUCAUUUCCCUUCCAUGGAGUGUCGAAAUCAAGGGGAUCGAUUUCGUUAUUCAAGCAUUAUCAGAAGUUUCCUCACCAUCUGGAACAGAUGAACUAUUCAAUUCAAUGAUAUCUAGUGUAUCAACCGCAGCUUUUGCUGUAGCCAAAGCUGCAAAGGAUUCUACAAUCCCUGACAAUUUUUUCGAGGAAACAUUUACUCGUACAUCAGACGAUGUUGAUCUUAAUGAUAAAGAAAAAAUUCCAAAAAGUUUACAAGAGCAAGCUUAUCAAUUUUUCGAAAAUCUUACAGCUGCUGCCGAAACUAUGAAUGUUGGUACAAAAGGUGCAAGCUCUUACGUUGAUCAGGACAGUAAACAAAGAAUUGCUCAUAUGAUCGAUUCAUUGAUUGCACAAACCACUAUAAUUCUACGCGAUGUUAGUAUUCGUAUUGAAUGUGAAUUAAGACUUCCUGGAAUAGAUCGUGCCUCAGGAUUAACCUUAACCAUUAAACAUUUAUCUAUUUCAAAUCAAUAUAAGACUGAAGAAAAACAACAAUCAACUCCAUCGAAUACAUCCAGCAGUGGUCGUUGGUCAUGGUUAUGGUGGUGGCAAAGUUCAAACAACAAUAACGUCCCUACCGGAAAUAGCUCAGUAUCAUCAUCGUCAUCUACUAAUUCUACCUCUACACCAGCCGGAAGUUUAUCAACCAUGUUGCAUAAAAUUAUCCACUUGGAAGAGGCUGAUUUAUUCUGGGAUUUAUGGAGUACUUCUGGUCAUGUGCAAGGUUGUUCAAGCUUGUGUAGUUCACUAGAUCCAAGCCAACCUCCAUGCUCUCCACUUCCUAACAAGACAUGUGGUCCAACAGCUGAUACACUUGUCUCAUCAGCUAAACUUCUAACAUUAUCUGGUUCAGAGCAUACAGCGCGAUUGAGUUUACGUGUUGGUUCCGCAUUGAAGGUGUCACACAGCCCUACACCUUCAAAUAUACAAUCAGAUGAUCUACCACGAACGAUUAAUACUACUACUAGCAACUCUAACACCAACUUGGUUAAUAUGUCAGACUUUCAGUUACGUUUACAUGUGGACUUGGGACCUAUUGUUGCUUGUGCUUAUCCUAGUCAAUUUUACUGGUUACACAUGAUGAUUGGUCAACUUGUACAUAUUUAUGACGAUUAUAUAGAACAUAGUAAAAAGAUAUCAGAACAAACUAAACUAGAAAAUGAUAUGACAUAUUACUAUUCUGAUUUGUUAACAAAUAAUAAUUUAUCAAAUGUAAUGGAUGAGAAUGGUUGUAUCAGUGUGGCUACAUCAACUUUGAAUAAACAUAUUGGUGAUUAUUCAGACCAUAGAGACUAUCAAAAACCCCAUUCGCCUUUGCGUAAUAAACCUAGAGAAGCUCAUCUAAUUGAUUUAGAUUUAACACCGAGCCAAAUCAACCCUCAAAAUCUAACCUCUACAAUGUUAAAUAGUGAAUUAUUCCGCUCCUGUUUGAGUGAUGUGUCAACUACUACGAUGUAUGGAGAUACUGCCAUUCCAAACCAACAUUUUGAUCAUCUCUACUUACCAAAACCUGAUGAUUCAGCUCAAGUGGCUACAAAAUGUAGUAUGUCAGUAAAUAUACUAUGUAUAGCUUUUGUAGCCUUUUAUGAAGAUGAAUCUGUAUUGACACGUGAACAGAUAGCUGAAGGAACUUCAUUUUCAGCAUCAUCAUCUAAUAUGAACUCCUCUGUACAUAAUUGGCGAUCAGAUGAAGAGAAGUUAUUAAAAAAAGAUGAUUCACUAGGAUUGAAUGAACAAGAUUCACUAAAUGCUGAUGAGAUAAAUGAUACAAGUACAUUACCAGAACAUCAAUCACGUAAUUAUGGUGAUAAUAAAUAUUAUGGUCAUAAUAAUAACGAUAAUUCUGCUGGCUCUUACUCUACAACAACUGGUUGUGCAGCGAUAUUACCAGGGCCAUCCAUAUUUUUUGGACGAUUUCAUGGUCUCAUACCAACUCCAAAUUGUCGGUUGAAAUCUGAUAGUGGUCGCAAUCAAUUAGAUGAUAACGAAGACGAGGUAGAUAUGCUGCAUUCUAAGUGUCAACCGAUGAUUAUUAACCGUCAAGAUGUAGAUACAGGUCGUAUGUCUCCUUCGGAAUGGGUAUCACAUUUGAAAUAUCAAUUUUCCAAUAUGGCUUAUCCUCGUGAUCAUCUAUGUUUCGUCGGUGGUUUAUGGCAUAUGGAACUUUCUAAUAAUUUUUUGGUUAUACCACGUGGUCCAUCGAUAAAUCAAUACUACUCCUCCACUCAGUUAUGCUUUAAUAUCCAACUUUUUGGAGUUCACUUAUCAGAGUGUUUAUUUCCUAGUCAAACCAUCACGACAACAAAGAAAACAAAUGAACUGAGGAACAAAAUAUAA